AUGCCGAGUAUCAAAACGUCGCGCAAAUACUGGGACGAAAAUUAUGUCAAGUCUCUUGAGAAUCAGGUUCAGGCACUUUUAGCUCUUCAGAAAAAAGGGGCUGCCCCUAUCACUCGGGAUGGGGCCGAAUUGCAACCCAAUCGUCAACUAGCUCCACUUGUCGAUGAAGCCCACGAUGAUGUGCAACCCAUGUACAACGCAUCUUCUGGUGAUCAAACGAUUCAUCAAUCGCAGACUGCAAUGGAAGAAUUGAGUAUCAUGAUGUGGAGAACAAAUCUAGCAGAUGCCGUUCCAAUCCCAGUAACAGAAGCGAAGAAAGAGACUAUUUCCUUGCAAGAUAAACCUGCCUCUCAGAUUCCUCGCCAGGUGCCUUCUGAGAUAUCAGAAAUCUGUGGAGACGCCCAUCGCCUUUCCCAAUUAGGGGCUCUUUUUCUUGGAAACAUCAAUGAAGAGCAUCAAUUUACAGCCUACGAAUCUGCGAGCUUCUUUUUAGACUACCCCGACCAAACUCCAGAUCGGCUAUUCUUGCAUGCUGCCAUGUUAGCAGCUGGGGCAACUUUCGAGAACCUAGCCGAUUCAAUCAAUAUCAGCAAUUCAUUUGCUGAGCUCAGCGAAAGCCUGGUGUUCAAGUGCUUCCGACAUUCACCGUCAAUACACGUGAUUCAAGGACUAAGCAUUUUAUCCUGGCGUUCUCUAGCCCUAGGCCAUGACCAUUUUGGAUGGACUUUCCUCUCCAUGGCAGCUGGAUUGGCGGUUCAUCUACGUCUUCACGUAUUGGCCCUUGCCGAGCCCAAAACCAGCUCUGUAACCCCGUCACCAGUAGACGUGCGAACAUUCUGGUCAUUCUACAUGACAGAUAGAACAUCAGUCUCAAUUCUGGGACGAAACUGCAUGCUACCAUGGAGGCGGGUGAAUGUCCCACCUAUUGAAACGUUAUACCCUAUCGAUGGAGCCAGCUUGGCUCAAAUUUCUUUCGCAUGGCAGUGCAAAUUAUGGUACAUGCACGACCAAAGAAUGGAUGAAAUGUAUGUUCCAUUCCCGAAAUAUUGA